CCGUGGAAGGAUGACCAGCCCCCGCCGACAGCUGUGCUGGCGCAACGUUUUUGUGACUUUCGCAGUCUGUACCCGGUACCAUGGCGUCUGGCGAGGAGGACGGAACAGUUGAGGAGAAAGAAACCAACAACAAGAAGCGGACGAAAGGCGCCAUCGCAACGGCAUGGCUCACGUUCUACAAUAUCGCCAUGACAGCCGGGUGGCUUGUAUUGGCUGUUGCCAUGGUCCGGUAUUACCUCCAGAAAGGCACCCAUAAAGGCUUGUACAGAAAUAUUGCCAGGACACUUAAAUUCUUCCAGACAUUUGCACUGCUAGAGGUUGGACACUGUGCUAUUGGAAUUGUGCGGACAUCUGUAAUUGUGACUGGUGUCCAAGUAUGUUCUCGGAUAUUCAUGGUUUGGUUUGUUACAAACAGCAUCAGACAGAUUCAGAAUGAGGAGAGUGUGAUAUUGUUCGUAGUAGUUUGGACGAUUACAGAGAUCACUCGCUACUCUUUCUACACUUUCAACUUGCUCAAUCAUCUGCCAUACUUCAUCAAGUGGGCCAGGUAUAACAUGUUUAUUGUCAUGUACCCCUUGGGAGUAAUUGGAGAACUGCUGACCAUACAUGCCUCCUUACCGUAUGUGCGGAGAUCUGGCAUGUAUUCCCUGAGGCUCCCCAAUAAAUACAAUGUUUCCUUUGACUACUACUACUUCUUGAUCAUCGCCAUGCUGUCUUACAUCCCAUUGUUUCCUCAGCUGUACUUCCACAUGCUACGUCAGAGGAGGAGGGUACUUCAUGGAGAAAUCGUAGUAGAUAAAGAAGAGUAGAAAUAUGAGUAAAAAAAAAAUUAAAUAACGGCAGCCAUUAGUUAUUUAAGAAAAGUUUCUGGUCAAAAUAAGAAGCUGAAACAUUAAAUACAAAUUAAUUCUACAAUUAUUAGUUGCAGUAUAAAUUAUUAGUAGAACCUUUCCUAAGGUUCACUACACUUUCCAGCUGUGUUUUGUUUCACAAGGUUGGAAUGACUUCAAACAUCAAAAGAGAUAUGAACCAAUGGACACCCCAGUGUUAUAGGUAAUCACAGAUCUGCACUCCUUAACAUUUUCUGCACCCAGUUAAGAUGCCCCAUCUGUUUUAACAAAGAGUCACCAACUAGGAUCUAGCUUUACAAACAAUUAUCUAUACCUAUUGUGAUUUGUGUAAUUGUAUAGAUACUAUGGUAAACUAUUCUGCAAAUUCUAUGUCUUCAUUUCUUUUUUUUUCUUUUUUUUUUUCUAAUUUAUGUUCUUGGACUGAUUAGGGAUUAAUUGAUUUAUUUUACUUUAUCUUAUCUUCUACAUCUAAAUGAUUAAGGUGUUGUUACAAUUGACCGCAAAUUAGCAAAUUAGCUAGAUAGUUAGAUGUAACUAUCAUAUAUAACCCCCCACUACACACAAACACACAUUAACUACGAAUUGGUAUUAACAGAAAAAAAAAA